CGUCGAAGAGGAGGAUAGAGGGAGAGACAGAAGUCACAAAACCCUCCUCCCUUCCUCGCCGCCUCGCCCGCUCGCAGUCGCAGGUCCAGCUAGGGUUUGCUCUCCCCGCCCCGCCGCCGCGCGCGCGCUCUGCCUCCAGAGGCUCCGAGGAGGGGAAGGGAAGCUCCCGCCGCCGCAUCAGCCAUGGCGUCCACCAAGGUCCAGCGUAUCAUGACCCAGCCCAUCAACCUCAUCUUCCGGUUCCUCCAGAGCAAAGCGCGCAUCCAGAUCUGGUUGUUCGAGCAGAAGGAUCUCCGGAUUGAGGGUCGCAUCAUUGGAUUCGAUGAGUACAUGAACUUGGUCCUUGAUGAUGCUGAAGAAAUCAAUGUUAAGAAGAACACUAGGAAAUCAUUGGGUCGGAUACUUCUGAAAGGUGACAACAUAACCUUGAUGAUGAACUCUGGCAAAUAAAGGUCGUUGGUGUUUGGCGCCAAGUUUUUCCGUGAGGCAUUUGUAAUCCAUCCAGACUGAAAUGUAGAACGUCAUUGUGUGCGAGAUAUGUACUCCAUCCAGACUGAGAAUGUAGUAUGAGAGUGAGAUUGGUAUCGCUAUUGACUAAAUGGGUUUAACUCUGUGAGCUACUGCUAGAUGUGAUAAUGAGCUGCUCACUUGUGUUCUGAAGAUCAACUUGACUCGUGUGUGCUUUGUUGACAUCUUUUUUGGUUCU